UCGUUUAGAAACACAACCGUUUACUUGGACAAGUUUUAGCUGGGACAUGUCGGGGCAAAUACCCAAGCUGAACAAGUGCUAAACUUUGAUUUAAAACACAAAACCACCCGUGAUUCUUGUCGUUUUGUAGUUAAUAGCAUCAUUCUCUGAGUGUGUUGUAUUGAAGUCGCAAGAAUGUUCGUUUUAAACCGUGUUUUGUUUGCUGGGCGCAUCAUGCUCCCUGAAAGCACCUCCCUCACAGUGAACCACUUCUCUGCUGUCCACCGCCUGACAUCCCCAAGAAGAAACAGUCCCUACAGCUCUGUUGACAGUGAGCGCUACUCGUCUCUGGUGAAAUCUGUCAUGUCCUCCAGGGUCAGCACUCAGACCCCUGAAAGCCUCCAGGCGGAAGACGACAACAUUUAUGGACCAGUUGUCAAAGCUCAGAUGCCAUCACGGACCGAGCCGAGGGUACCCAAAACUCUUCAUCCAUUCUUAAAUUCAGAUAGGGCUCUAGAAACGGAUGAACCUGAGGCAGGACCACCAGCCCGCAUUUUGUUAAAUCGGGGACAGAGUAGGGCGUUUAUCCCGAGUGUGACUCGCGUUCUUCAGCAGACACUUUCUCCAGAGCAGAUCUUUUACCUGGAGAGAUGGAAGAGGAGGAUGAUCGCUGAGCUGGGGGAGGAAGGCUUCAAGGAAUACAGUCAGAAUGUAUUUAGACAGGGUAAGCUUUUCCAUUCUGCUCUGGAGGGCAUUCUGACCUCUGCUGAAACCUGGAAGAACAGGCAUCUCUCAGAGACACCGGGGUGUCCUCCUGACAUACAAGGAUACAUCCAGAGCAUCUCUCAUGUACUGGAGGACGUCAGUGCAGUGAGGGCCAUUGAAAGCACAGUGCAGCACGGUGCCCUGAAUUACUUGGGAAUUGUGGACUGCGUCGCUCGCUACAGAGGUGUUCUGUGUGUUAUUGACUGGAAGACUUCAGAAAAACCCAAACCAUUCUUGAGCAACACCUAUGAUAACCCUGUUCAAGUAGCAGCAUAUGCUGGGGCUCUGAACAGUGAUGCCAACUACAAAUACCAGGUUGAAAAUGGGCUCAUAGUUGUUGCCUACAAAGAUGGCUCGCCUGCUCAUGCUCACCAGGUAAACUCAGAGCUGAUGUCAGAGUACUGGAAAACAUGGUUGUUACGUCUUGAAGAGUUCAGAGAACCCAGUAACAAACUUGAAUGUGGGAAAACAAAGAAUCAAUGUGUGCAAAAUCACCUCCUGCCUACUGUGAAGCAUGCGGGACGAUCUGUCAAGCUGUUACUCUUCGGAAGGCCGUGGGAACCUUGUUAAUAGGGCAUGGCAUCAGAAAUGUAGUAGCAAUACUUUGCUACUUUGUCUGUUAUUUCUUAAGCCUGGUAUAUGGAGAAAUAAAGAACACUCUGUAAGUAAUACAAUCCACAAGA